AUGAUCUAUGUAAAGAAUAUUGUAAUCACAAACCUUGGAAUGCUAGGUUCUAUUUCAAGCUUUUGCACAUUCAAGAUAAAUCAUGCGGGUUCGUUCACAAGUACGAUAUCUGGAAGGUCAUACAUAGAUGGGCUUGUGGAUCACUUUGAUUUUGUAGACAUGGAUGUGUUUUUAGUCCACGAGUUAGAUGAUAUGAUGGUAGUUUUAGGGUACAAUGAUGGAGGUAUAAUGUUUUACCAUUUCAUGAUCCCAAAGACAUAUUGGAUAGUGAAUUGUUACCCAUUAGCACUGAUCAGGAAGUCAUUCAAUUGGCAAGGGGUAGUGUUUGAGAAUAACCAUGGUAAAAAAGUUGUUGACACACGCGAUGAUCACCAACCAAAAGGGAUGUUGAUCCAGUGGAUUAUUAUGAGUGGAAGUAAGGAAACUGUUAGUGAGGGUCCUUGGAGUGGGGGUAGUAGGAGUGAGGGUAAUAUGAAAGAUGAUGAGAGUGAGGAUGAAGACUUCUUUGGGGAUUUAGAAAAUAUUGUAGAUGAUGUGGAUGUUGAUAUGAAAGAAUUUCAUAUACAUGUUGGUGAAGAUGUUGAGUGCGUUAAAAAAAUGACCAAAGAAGCAAGUGGUAGUGGUGUUGACUUUACUGAAGGUGAAGAUUUGGAGGUCAUAGACCAAGAAUCGUUUGUGUCACUUAUUGUAGGUGAAGAUAACAAUAGAGGAGGAUAUUGA